AUUAUCCUCCGAUCCCACCAUCUUGCGCACUUCUCUCUCUCUCUCCGAUACGGCCCUUUAUAUAUAGAAUACGGCCCAUCACUCCAUUUCUCUGUCUGCCUUCCCUUUCAGGCCCGUCUGUUUUACAUUUCUCAAGCCACCACCGCUGUCCUUUCCCCUCUGGAGUAGAUGCAGGCCAUCAAGUGUGUCGUUGUCGGUGAUGGUGCUGUGGGAAAGACAUGCCUCUUGAUAUCGUACACAACCAACGCUUUCCCUGGUGAAUAUAUCCCAACAGUCUUCGAUAAUUACUCUGCGAACGUCAUGGUGGACGGCAAGACAAUCUCCCUGGGAUUGUGGGAUACCGCUGGCCAGGAGGACUAUGAUCGUCUACGACCACUGUCAUACCCCCAAACUGACGUUUUCAUCAUCUGUUUUUCUCUUGUCAGUCCCCCCAGUUUCGAAAACGUGAGAACGAAGUGGUAUCCGGAAAUAUCACAUCACGCGCCGGGUACUUCUAUAUUACUGGUUGGCACCAAGCUAGAUUUGCGGGAAGAUGCGGCAACGGUCAACAAAUUGCGGGACAGGCGAAUGGCUCCAAUCACUUAUCCUCAGGGUGUGGCGAUGGCCAAGGACAUUGGUGCUGUGAAGUACCUGGAGUGCUCCGCGCUGACGCAGAAGGGGCUCAAGAACGUCUUUGAUGAAGCUAUUAGGGCAGUCUUGUCCCCUCCCGUUCGCAAGCCUACCAAGAAGUCCCCCGCAUGCGUUAUUUGCUGAUUCUCAUAAAGUAUAAUGUGUUCUGGUUAUCGUCUCACGAUUCUUACGUCUGCAUGUAAAUGGCAUUAUUGGCCUACUUAUGCAUUGGCUACUCCACGGUUUGUUCGAUGCAUCCCCUCGCCCCAGGUUUAGCUCGCAUAUGAUACAGCUCACGACUACUCCGAAACAUAUCUUCCACUCAUUUCC